AAUACCUCCUCCUGCUGUUCCUCAGCUCUAUCUCGUGAACAUCAAACACACGCCGUCUCCAUAUUGGAAGCAGAGAUCAGAAAACACGGGAAAACAUGAAGUGGCAGUUUUUGACGCUCGCUUAAGCGCACAGAUGUCGCGGCGUUCUCCGCUAUAGCUCCAGGAGUUUAAACGCGAGCGUUUAGACAUCGCGCGGGUCAUUUAUCCAGGCCAGAAUCGGAGGUUUCAUGGUCAGCUCGCUAACGCUAUCUUAUUUUAGCAAUCCAGCCUCCAAUUACUUGUUAGCCAUUCGGCGCUGGCGCAGUUGAUUUUUGUAAUGCGCAUCCGCACGGGCUGAUUGAUCAAAUGUCUGUCCGCGACGCGUAUUUUAAUGCAACAAAACGCAAAGAUUAGUGGUCGGGUGCAGUCCGUUCGCCCACGCUAGCCUGAGCGACAGCAGUCUGCUGGCUGGCUGGAGAUCUGCCAUUAACUCGACUAGCUGUUAGCACAACCUGAAACACGGGCACGGCCAGAACUCGCUGGAAAGAGGAGCUAACAUCUCGUUUCCAUGGACAACACGUCCAUAAUAACGCAGGUUACGAACCCCAAGGAGGAGGAGAUACUCUCGUCAAAUGCUGAGAAAGUUUCACUGUCUAACAGCAGCCUGAAGAAGAAGAGGACUCGCAGCAUCUUCAGCUCGUUGUUCUGCUGCCUGAGGAGUUACGAUGCCGAGCCGCCCACCACCCCCAACAACAACAGCAGUCCUCUGCCGCCACCUGUGGAGGAGAACGGAGCUCCACCAAAGUGUGACCAGGUUGAGGUCAUCCCUAUCCCCAGUCCAUCAGAGAAGUACCUCCUGCCUGAGGUUAACAUAAAUGACUAUGGGAAGAAGUGCGUUGUAAUAGACUUGGAUGAGACUCUGGUGCACAGCUCGUUUAAGCCUAUUAGCAAUGCUGAUUUCAUCGUCCCAGUGGAGAUAGAUGGCACAGUGCAUCAGGUGUAUGUCCUCAAAAGGCCACACGUUGACGAGUUCCUGCAGAAAAUGGGCGAACUGUUUGAAUGUGUGCUUUUCACAGCCAGUCUAGCCAAGCCGCUAAUGCAUGGUAUGCCGACCCGGUGGCUGACCUGCUGGACCAGUGGGGUGUGUUUCGGGCGCGACUCUUCCGAGAAUCCUGCGUUUUCCACAGAGGGAACUAUGUCAAAGACCUUAGUCGGCUCGGGAGAGAGCUCAGGAACGUCAUCAUUGUGGACAACUCCCCUGCUUCCUACAUUUUCCAUCCUGAAAAUGCUGUUCCCGUGCAGUCGUGGUUUGAUGACAUGACUGACACGGAGCUCCUGGACCUGCUGCCUUUCUUUGAGGGACUGAGCAAAGAGGAGGACGUGUACGGGGUGCUGCAGAACCUGAGGGGCAGGUAGCAGCCUGACGAGGGGCCAGUGGAGUCCCCCGGUGGAGAGCCCAUCCCAGCUCCUCUCUCUUCUCUCCUCCACCCUGUGGUCCUCACCUCACCGAGAACACCCACGCCCCCAACCAGGACACGCACACAGUGACAUGAACAGACUUUUUACAUUUAGUGGACACUCAAAUAUUUCUCUUUUGAAAAGUGCUUAUGAUAAACCAAAACAAAUCUACUUUUUCUUUCCUUUUUGAAAUGAAAAUAUUCAAGUCAUAACCAUUCUCUGAGGUGUUGCUAUGCAGGUAGAAAUCCGUAGGGUUAAAGGACUGUGGGGUUUUCUCUCCGACCCAACAAAGUGCCUUUUUUGAAUGUCAUUUUUAUGGGGGAAAUUAACAUUUUGUACAUGACAUUUCCAGAGAACCUAAUCUUUACAAGAAUUAUACGCUUUAAAACGGAGGCAGGUCAGUCUCUUUUUAUAAAAGCACUGUUAAAGAGGCCAGAGAUUUUUAAUGAUGUAAAGCUGGGUACACGACACCAUCUUUGUUCUUCUUGCGCUCCUUUUAUUUUAAAUUUUGCUUUAGCUUGUGCCAUUUAUAUAGACUGAUACUAUUAUCUAGACUUGUAUAUGUUUAGUUUGUUUUCUAAGAGCAAAGGAAUGCAUUUGCACUUGUUAGGUUACUCGUCUCGUAUACCACGGCCUCUUUUGCCAACUUGCCUAGGGGUAACGAUCUUAAACCCAAGAUUGUAUCGUGCCAAUCACUAAUAGUUUGUCUCGCAAUCUGAUGCUGAAGUACGUUUCGUUUUCAUCAAACAAGCCAGAUGCUAAUAUUGGUGCUGAAGACAAAUGUUUGGACAUUUCAAGAAA